UUGUGGCUAGCUUCACAUAGGUGUCUCGACUCUCACACCGCAGUUGCUUUUGCUACUCGCUGUCAUUUCCAUUAAGACAGAGGGCAACGCGGCAGAACAGAGUUGGUUAGGAAAUAAACACCGCUGACAAGUGAAAACCAAAGGCCCCCUGGAAAAAGUUUUCCUGUGGAUCAUUUGACUGCAGUUUGGUUGAAGUGAAAGGAGUCUCCAUCCCACUCUGUUUUGGAGAGACAGGCGAGUUGUGUGCUAAAGGACUGCGAUGCAUCGCUUAAGGACUUGCGCUGCCCGGCUGCGGCCGCUGACAGCCACUCAGACUGCUCAGAACUUUUCACAGCAGAGGCGUGUGGCCGUACCAAGGACUUUUCAGCCAUUUAGGUGCUACACCGCGCCUGUGGCUACCGAGCCUUUCCUCAAUGGAACAAGCUCCAAUUAUGUGGAGGAGAUGUACUAUUCAUGGCUAGAGGACCCCAAGAGUGUUCAUAAGUCUUGGGACGUUUUCUUCCGCAAUGCCAAUGCAGGUGCUCCCCCGGGCAUGGCCCACCAGAGCCCUCUGAGCCUGGCCGGGCUCCCUCAAGCCCAGUCUUUGGCAGGGGCUCAGCCCAACGUGGAGAAGCUGGUGGAGGAUCACCUGGCUGUCCAAUCCCUCAUUCGUGCCUACCAGAUCCGUGGGCACCAUGUUGCUCAGCUGGACCCUCUGGGGAUUAUGGAUGCCGAUCUGGACUCUCACGUCCCCAAUGACAUUAUAACAUCCUCGGAUAAACUCGGCUUUUAUGGACUGGAUGAGUCGGAUUUGGACAAAGUGUUCCGCCUGCCUACCACCACCUUUAUCGGGGGCACUGAGACCGCCUUGCCCUUGAGGGAGAUAAUCCGCCGCCUGGAGAUGGCCUACUGCCAGCACAUCGGGGUUGAGUUCAUGUUCAUCAAUGACCUAGACCAGUGCCAGUGGAUCCGGGAAAAGUUUGAGAAGCCCGGCGUCAUGCAGUUCACCCUGGAGGAGAAGAGGACCCUGCUGGCCCGCAUGGUUCGCUCCACCAGGUUUGAGGAGUUCCUCCAGAGGAAGUGGUCGUCGGAGAAGCGCUUCGGCCUGGAGGGCUGCGAGUCUCUGAUCCCCGCCCUCAAGACCAUCAUCGACAAGUCCAGCGAGAAGGGUGUGGAGAACGUCGUCAUGGGCAUGCCACACAGGGGUCGUCUGAACGUGCUGGCCAACGUCAUCCGCAAGGAGCUGGAGCAGAUCUUUUGCCAGUUUGACUCUAAGCUGGAGGCUGCUGAUGAGGGCUCUGGUGAUGUCAAGUACCACCUGGGGAUGUACCACAGGAGGAUCAACCGUGUGACCGACCGCAACAUCACUCUGUCCCUUAUGGCCAACCCCUCCCACCUGGAGGCUGUGGACCCCGUGGUGCAGGGCAAGACCAAGGCCGAGCAGUUCUACUGCGGAGACACCGAGGGACACAAGGUGAUGUCCAUCCUGAUGCACGGUGAUGCUGCCUUUGCCGGUCAGGGCGUUGUGUACGAGACCUUCCAUCUCAGCGACCUGCCGUCCUACUCCACCCACGGCACGGUGCAUGUGGUCGUCAACAACCAGAUUGGCUUCACCACUGACCCCCGUAUGGCGCGCUCCUCUCCGUACCCCACUGACGUGGCCCGGGUGGUCAAUGCUCCCAUCUUCCACGUGAAUGCUGACGACCCUGAGGCUGUGGUGUACGUGUGCAACGUGGCCGCCGAGUGGAGAGCCACCUUCCACAAGGACGUGGUGGUGGACCUGGUGUGCUACCGGCGGUUGGGACACAACGAGAUGGACGAGCCCAUGUUCACUCAGCCCCUGAUGUACAAGCAGAUCAAGAAGCAAAAGGGAGUGAUGCAGAAGUAUGGCGAGAAACUCAUUGCAGAGGGGGUCGUCACGAGACAGGAGUACGAGGAGGAGAUUGCAAAGUAUGAUAAGAUCUGUGAGGAGGCACAUGUUCGCUCCAAGGAUGAGAAGAUCCUCCACAUCAAACACUGGCUGGACUCUCCCUGGCCUGGUUUUUUCAACCUGGAUGGCCAGCCCAAGAGCCUGACCUGCCCGUCCACUGGCCUGACUGAGGAGGAGCUGACCCACAUCGGUCAGGUGGCCUCCUCCGUGCCAGUCGAAGACUUCACCAUCCAUGGAGGUCUGAGCCGUAUCCUGAAGGCCCGAGGGGAGAUGAUCAAGAACCGCACGGUGGACUGGGCCCUGGGAGAAUACAUGGCCUUUGGCUCUCUGCUCAAAGAGGGCAUCCACGUUCGCCUCAGCGGCCAGGACGUGGAGAGGGGCACCUUCAGUCACCGACACCAUGUGCUGCACGACCAGAACGUGGACAAGAGGGUUUGCAUCCCCAUGAACCACGUGGCCCCAAACCAGGCCCCCUACACCGUCUGCAACAGCUCCCUGUCAGAGUACGGCGUGCUGGGUUUUGAGCUGGGCUUUGCCAUGGCCAGUCCCAAUGCCCUAGUCCUGUGGGAGGCCCAGUUCGGAGACUUCCACAACACAGCCCAGUGCAUAAUCGACCAGUUCAUUUGCCCCGGCCAGGCCAAGUGGGUCCGCCAGAAUGGCAUAGUCCUGCUGCUGCCCCACGGCAUGGAGGGCAUGGGCCCAGAACACUCCUCUGCUCGUCCAGAGAGAUUUCUCCAGAUGUGCAACGAUGAUCCUGACGUGCUCCCGAGCAUCACAGAAGACUUUGCCAUUCGCCAGCUCCACGACUGCAACUGGAUUGUGGUCAACUGUUCGAACCCUGGCAACUUCUUCCACGUGCUGAGGAGGCAGAUUCUGGCGCCCUUCAGGAAGCCUCUCAUCGUUUUCACCCCCAAAUCCCUGCUGCGCCACCCCGAGGCGAGGUCCAACUUUGACGAGAUGCUGCCAGGCACAGACUUCCAGCGCCUGAUCCCAGAUAAUGGCCCAGUGGCCCAGAACCCAGCCGGGGUGAAGCGCAUCGUUUUCUGCACAGGGAAGGUGUACUACGAACUCACCAAGGAACGCAAGGCCCACGGCAUGGAGGACACGGUCGCCAUUGCUCGCAUGGAGCAGCUGUCCCCCUUCCCCUUUGACCUGGUGAAGGCUGAGAGCGAGAAGUACCCCAAUGCCGACCUGGUGUGGUGCCAAGAGGAGCAUAAGAACCAGGGCUACUACGACUACGUCAAACCCCGCAUGCGCACCACCAUCGAUCGCGCCAAGCCAGUCUGGUAUGCUGGUCGCCCUCCUGCUGCGGCACCAGCCACAGGAAACAAGAAGGCCCACCUGGUGGAGCUGAAGAAUUUCCUGGACACUGCCUUCGAUCUGGACGCCUUCAAGGACCAGAUGUAACUCUUUCUUCCCGCUUCCUCUGUCCCAGGAUAAGGGGUAGCCUUCAACCUCCACUGCAACCCAGAGGCCCCUCCUCCUCCGUCCCAUAUGCCCACAAACCCCCUAGACUUGGAGCUUAGAGCAAGCCUACUCUCCUGGUGGGUGUCUCUGUCUCUAGCCCACAAAGGCAACAGUCCUGUUCAUUUAAGUCAUUGCUAUCUUCCCCUACCCAGGCCCUCCCUCAUCGACUCCCCCUGGUCCUGUCUCAGCGUGCCCUAACCCACCUUCAUCAGACACAUGCCUCAAGACCACACAUUUAGCAGUAGACAACCAGCUAGUCAGGGGUCAGGAAAGAGAACCUUUGUACAGUCAGUGAUCCUUAGCUUGGUUUUUAUUUUCUAUACCUGUAUUUGUCUGGUUAACACUCCACUCACCAACACUAUAACCUUCUUGUGUUGGGUUUUGCUUAAGCCCUCUGUGUGUGUGUGUGUGUGUAACCAAAGCACAUUGUUUAUAAAGCUUUAUAUAUUUUUCCGUGUGUUUCAUUCUGCUGCUAUCCUUUUGAAAAGCGUCUCCUUACACAUUUCAUCGCAGGUCUCCCUACAUAGCCAAAGGACGGGGCAACUGUUGCAACCAGUUUAAGAUAUGUACUACUAGUAUUUGGCAAAACACACAACGGUUAGUUCAAUGUCCAUGAUCAGACCACAUCAUUUCGAGGAGAACCAGGUGUCCCCCCCCCCCCCUCCUGUUCUCUGCUCUGAGCACACUGCAGGGAUGAACUUGUCUUGGUCUCUACCCUCCGUCUCUCUUCUCCGGGGUUAUCUAUCUCCUUGGUGAGUGCUACUGACAUCACCACCAUCUGCAACUGCUUUACAUUUGUCUGUUUAUUGGUUGUAUGUGUGUUAGGUUUUUUUGCCUUUCAAAUCAACUUUCUCAUUCUUGUAAUGGCUAUUAGAAUAUGAGGUAUUGAAUGCGGGAAAUGGGAAAUAUUUUCACUGUCACAUUGUCUUCAGUGAAAUACUAGUACAUUUAACAUGACAAAUGCUCUUUUAUCCAUCUUGCACCAUUUCUCACGAAAGAGGCUGAGGCUUAGAUAAGGGAAAUUGGAGUGAUGAACCAGUGAGUUGAGUUAGUACCAUAUUUGCAUUUAUAUAUGAGUGUUGAACUGGUCAAAUGAGUCCCAUGUUUGCACUUGUAUAUAAAUCCACAUAGAAGUUUGUAAAGGAUUGUUCAUAUAGCAAUGUCAGGGCAACUUCUGUCUUUAGAUACAUGGCCCCUAGCUCUGUUGUCCUACUGCAGAACAGGGCAAGCAGGUUGGAGCUGAUUUCCCCCCCCCCCCUACAUGUAGUCCUCUCAUGACUCUAGCUAAACACUGAUCUCAUCCAGAUGACAUAUACUAGACCUGGCACCUCUAGAUGUCUCUCAACAAUUCAUGUACUCAUUUUCCUCUUGCAACCCCUGUGCCAAAUUUGUUUUCAAGCAUUUAGCAUUAUUCUGAGGGUGUAUGAAUGAAUUGUCAGAGGAGUCUUUUUAGCUGCAUAGCUAAUUAAAAAAACAGGACAUCACCUUUUUGUUUGGAUGGCUCCAUGAGAAAGCAAAUUAUUUAUUUAUUUUCAUAUAGUGGAUUAAGAUUCUUUCCAUUUAAUUAUUUUGGCUUCAUUCAAUAAAGACUAUCUUCCCAAAUCA